GCUUGGUUCGUUCGUUGAAUGACAAUUUAUUGUCUCGGAACCGAUCGACGCUCGAUGUAUUCUAUGCACGGCGCGGGCGUCCUCCCCUGAAAAAGUUAGCCAUAAAAAGCUGACUCGAAGCAACGAACGAUGCGAUAUUCCUUUCUGCCUGUUCCUACCCAAAGGUUCAAACGUUCGAACAAAGAGAACAAAAUGCGACUUGUAAAUGUAAAUACAUUAGCGUUUCUAUGGGCGGUACAGGUGUGUACAGGUAUAGUCGUUGAAUCAAACGGUACAGUGUUAACGCGAGUCGCGAGAACCCUUCCGUUUGAUUUGUCUUCCUCGAGAUGGUCGGAGAUGUUGCGGACCCUCUGGUCGGGAGGACGGCUCUGGGAAUGGCCACGGAACAGUAUCGAGGGUUUGGUGAAACUAGUGGCUUCCCCGGAUACAAGAAAGAAGAUGGUCUUUGAAUUUAGACCCGAUGAUGGACCGCGUGCUUCGUACGCCUAUCAAGCUCGUUACGGAUAUAGGGGACGGUGGCUGAUAGAAUUACUCGGUUCAGGUUUUCAUCCUGAUGAUGGCCGCGGCGCGGUCUCCAUUUUCCAACCCUUGCCGGCAACCAUAUUGCUUCCACCAUCGCCGCCUCCUUUGUGAUUGUGAUUGUGAUUGUGAUUGUGAUUACUUCGCGUACUAUCUACUAUAGCCUAUAGCGAGAUGCGAAUGAGGCUACCGAGUGAGAAUACAUUUUUCUACGGUCUUGUGUUUACACUUCAAAAACUCGAUCCAACAUUUUCGACUUACUCUUCGACACUACUACUUUUCUUUUCUCCCUAUCGGUCUAUUUCUCGAAGCUUUCCAAAAAAUAUUCUAAAUAUGGUUAGGAUAGUGGUACAGUUUAAAUUUCAUUUUUUACUAUCGA